AUGGCGAGGAUUGCGGUGGGUACGGUACGGGAGGGCUACCAGCCGGACUGCCUUCAUGCCCUAGUCGUCGAGUUCAUCUCCACCUUCCUCUUCGUGUUCGCCGGUGUUGGUGCCGCCAUGGCCUCCGAUAAGCUGAAUGGGAAUCCACUAGUGGGCUUAUUCUUUGUGGCGAUGGCCCAUGCCCUGGUGGUGGCCGUCAUGAUCUCCGCCGGUUUCCGCAUUUCCGGCGGCCACCUCAACCCGGCCGUCACCUUAGGCCUAUGUGCCGGCGGACACAUCACCGUCGUCAGAUCAUUACUUUAUUGGAUAGAUCAAUUGCUAGCUUCGGUGGCAGCAUGUGCUUUGCUCAAUUAUGUCACUGGUGGCCUAACAACACCAAUACACUCACUUGCAAGUGGAGUGGGGCCCAUGCAAGGGUUGAUUAUGGAGAUUGUUUUGACAUUUUCCCUGCUCUUCACUGUCUACGCCACUAUUGUGGACCCCAAGAAGGGAAAUCUUGACGGGCUGGGCCCACUUCUCACUGGCCUUGUUGUUGGGGCCAACAUCAUGGCUGGUGGGCCCUUUUCCGGAGCGUCGAUGAACCCAGCCAGAUCAUUUGGGCCGGCGCUGGUCAGCGGUGAUUGGACUGACCAUUGGAUUUACUGGGUUGGGCCGCUUAUCGGUGGUGGGCUAGCUGGCUACAUCUAUGAGAACUUCUUUAUUGUUAGGUCUCACGUUCCACUCUCUGGAGAGGAAACUUUUUAA